UUUCGAAGCAAGCAUUUCAGUUAGUACUGGAAGAAAUUGCAUUACCAGACGCAAUUCGUAGUACUGCUGUGCAACCAGCCAUAAAAUUAGCUGCCACUUUGAACGUUUUGGCCAAGGGCAGCUACCAGCAUGGAGCUGGAAACCAGUUUAAUCUAGGCCUCGCUCAACCAACCGUCAGUCUCAUCAUUAAAGAGUUGAUACCUUUAAUGUAGGAGAAACUUUGCUGCCAGUGGAUAAAAAUGCCAGACAACGACGAAAAAUUACAAAUAAAAGAGCAUUUUUAUACAAAGUUUCGUCUCCCUGGCGUAAUAGGAUGUGUUGAUGGAACGCACAUAGCAAUAAGAACUCCAAGUGCUGAAGAACGCCCACAUUUCUACAACAGGAAGGGUUUUUAUAGUUUAAACACAAUGGUGGUAUGUGAUCACAAAAUGCGAAUUAGGAGCAUAGACCCGAGAUAUCCUGGAUCAUGUCAUGACUCACUCAUUUGGAGAUCAAGUGACAUAAGGUCAUAUUUACAAGCCCAAUAUAAUAACGGAGAGCACAAUACUUGGUUAUUAGGAGAUGCCGGUUACCCAUUAGAGCCGUUUUUGAUAACUCCAUAUAGAAGCGCAGGAGAAGGUACACACCAAAGUACAUUCAAUAAGUGCCAUUCAAGGGCUCGAAACGUUGUUGAGAGAACUAUUGGUGUGAUGAAAAAUCGUUUCCGUUGCCUUUUGAGCUCUCAGCGAUUAAUGUACGAUUUUAAUAAGGCGAAAUCGAUUAUAAAUAUAUGUGCAGCUUUGCACAAUAUUUGUAUACAUUUAGGAGAAGUUGCACAGGAGACGACCAUAAAUGAAGAUAGUGAAGAAACAAGUAUAGACACGACGUCCUGCCACCUGAGGAUUUAACAGCUGCAAACAUUAGAAAUUCACUGAUGAACACUCUGAUUAAUUAAAACCUAUUUAUGUUUUGCAAUUCAGUCUUUUGUUUAUUCAUAAAGUGUAAAAUAAAAGUGUUAAUUCAAAAUUACUCUUAA